CCAAAAUUCUUCCUCCUCCGAAGGGAGGGACGAGAAAAGCCAUCUCUUAAUCCUUCUUCUUCUGAGUGAUGGGUGUGAGCUGCCGUUGUUCCGAAAUCAUAAUCACCAGCUUCUUUCGCCAUAGACCCACCGGAUAAUCUUAUCCGUUUUGUCGAUGGCGGUUCGGAGGGUCUACGGCGGCGGCGACGACGGUGGUAGUAUAAGUGGUGUUUCUUCCAACCAUACUGUUUUUCUUCAGAAUCGUAAAGGGUCCUCUGUUUCUGAGCCUCUUAAUGCUCUGUUCGUUUCUGGGUCGUCUUCUUCGACUUCCCCCUCUAUGCUUGGUUCAAAAUCCACGAUAAGUUUCAAAGAUAUCCAUGGACGAAACGGAUCAACUAGACCGUUCUUUUACUCAUUCGAUACCGAAGAUAACGGAAACGAAGACUUAGAUGAUUACUUCCAUCACCCUGAAAAGAAGAGGCGUUUAACUUCCGAUCAAGUCCGAUUCCUCGAGAAAAGUUUCGAGAUCGAUAACAAGCUCGAACUAGAAAGGAAAGUUCAAUUAGCAAAGGAUCUUGAGCUGAAGCCUCGUCAAGUUGCUAUAUGGUUUCAGAAUCGUCGAGCUCGGUGGAAAACAAAGCAGCUCGAGAAGAACUACGAGGCUCUUCAAUCCAGCUAUGGAAGCCUCAAGGUUGAGUAUGAGAAGCUACUCAAGGAGAAGGAUUCACUAAAAGCUAAGAUUCUUGUCCUAACAGACAAGCUGCUACUCAAAGCAAAAGAAAAGGGUAGCUCUGUGGUGUCUGAAGUAGACAAAUCAAGUGACAUAUUUAAUACAGAUAGCCCACUCGUAGAGCCUCGAGAUUCUUCGUAUAUUUUCGAUCCCGAUCAGUCCGACUUAUCACAAGACGAAGACGAUAACAUGGGAAAGAAUCUAUUGCCUACUUACGUCUUCCCGAAGCUUGAAGAUGUCGAUUGCUCGGACCCGCCUGCAAGUGCUUGUAGUUUUGUGUUCCCCAUUGAUGAAGACAGUGCUCUUUGGUCCUGGUCUUAGUGAGCCUUUUUCUGUGUUGUGCCUUUCCUGUACAGCCUUAAAGCCUGUUUUUCUGGUGUUUCCAAGCAAUGGUAGCCCACGUCCACGCCGACAUGUCAACCCGAACCGGGUUUAGUUUCUGUCGAUUUGAAACCGUUCUGUUUAUGUUCUUGGGUUUUGGUUGAGGGAGGUUUUAAUUUGUGAAAUAGUCCUUGUUUCCUUUGAAUGUGAUUAAAUAAUAUCUUCUCUAAGUUUGGUUAA